AUUAAAUGGACUCUGCACCCAAAAAGAAAAAGUCUGUCUCUUCUAAACAAGACAAAUCCCAAGCAGGUAGUGUCAAAUCCAAGAAGUAAUAACCUCCUGGUGAAAUACUGGAAUAAUAAAGUAUACUACAAUUCAAAUGUUAGACUCAUAACAUGAUAUUCAAAUUGAUGAUCAUCCCCAAUAGCCUGAUCCCUUCAUUUCUCAACCUCCUUAACAACCAGUCAAAGUUUGCAUUCAUCACAAUCUCCCAUUCCAGUUUUUCUGUGAAGCAUGCGAAGAUCCUAUUUGUUAACAAUGUACCAUCUUAGGUCCUCAUAACACCUAAUUACAUAGAAUUAAUAGGUUAAGUGAUUCAUUCAAAUUGCGAUGUGCUAAAAUUGAAGAAUCAAUAAAAGCCAAUCUAUUAGGGAAAAGAGAAUAGCUGUUAGCAUAAAUUCAUAGAGUAAAUUUGACUAUUUAUUUUUAGAUAGAAUAUAGGAUUGAAGAGAUUAAGUAUGUCAAGACUAUCAUUGAGAGAGAUGCAAGAGCAGAAUUUGGUGGAGUCUUAGAAAGAUUAAAAUAGAGUGAAGGAUAAAAAUUGGCAAUCCUAAGUCAUGAGAUAUCUGAAUUAUAAAGGUAUUAAUUUUUAGUAAUUUGUAGAGAUUUGGAUAAAAUAAAUGAAGUAGGAUCUUAAUUUUAUGAUCUCAAAGAGAUUCCUGACCCUUGUCCUUUUCUUCUGAAAUCAAGAAACAUCUAUGAUUAGAUCGAAUAUAUGGUUGCCAAACCAUUCAAGGUUUAAAUUGAGGUUUAUCCAUACGAUUUGCCGCGAGAAUUAACUGAAUUGAGAUUGCAAUUACAGAGAGCAUCUGCUUAAUAAUAAUUGAUCGAGUUCAAGAAUGAAAUUAUUUGGAAAUUAUUGAGUGAAAAGUAAAUGGAUGAGGAGGCUAUUAAGUAAUUAGUUAUUCAUAUAAGUUUGAUAGAUAGGAAUUGGAGAGAUAAGCAAGUGAAGAAAUAAGUGAGUGGAGUAAAUUAGUUGACAAAUUCUCAUAGGAAUUGAGAAAACAAUAAUUAGUAUGUUAUUAUUGUGGAUGCAAAAUGGAAAAACAAUAUGUUAAUUCAAUCUGUGCAUAAAACAGAUAAGAAUAAGAUUGUAAAAACUAUUUAAGAGUUUAGAUGAUAAAGUAUUUUGUAAUGAACAACCACCAUAAAACCAUCAUGGAACUAGUAGACACUACUUUGCAGAUCCAAUUUUAUGA